AUGUGGGCGCUUUUGGUUCUUGUAGGAACUGCAGCUGUUUCUGCUCAGCUUCAGGAUCUUGCUUUUGAUGGCCAGAAGGUGUUUCGCGUGAUUCCACAGAAUGAAGAGCAGGUGGAAAUCAUCACUGCCCUUGCCAGCAGCAUGCAGGUUGACUUUUGGCAGCCAGACUCUGUCACACUGGUAAAGCCAAAAAUGCAGGUUGACUUCCGAGUUGAAGCUGACAAGUCUUUUGAGGUUGAAAAUCUUUUGGCACAAAACAAAAUGGAGUAUAGAGUUCUGAUUGACAACCUGCAGACUGUGGUGGACGCUCAGUUUGACAGCAAAGUUCGUACUGCUGGUCACAGCUAUGAGAAGUACAACAAGUGGGAAACGAUUGCUGCUUGGACUGCUGAUAUUGCUGCUCAGAACCCAGAACUUGUCUCUCGCAGUGUAAUUGGGGAAACAUAUGAAGGACGGCAAAUGUACCUUCUCAAAGUGGGAAAAAGUGGGAUGAAUAAGAAGGCCAUCUUUAUGGAUUGUGGUUUCCAUGCGAGAGAGUGGAUCUCGCCUGCUUUCUGCCAGCGGUUUGUGAAAGAAGCUGUUGAGACCUAUGGAAAAGACAGUGUCAUGACCAAACUUCUCAACAGCUUGGACUUCUACAUCCUGCCUGUUCUUAAUAUUGAUGGUUACGUUUACACUUGGACAAAUAACCGCAUGUGGAGAAAGACACGCUCUAAAAACGCGGGCAGCAGCUGCCUUGGUACUGAUCCCAACAGGAAUUUUGAUGCUGGGUGGUGCACUGCUGGGGCCUCAAAUAGACCUUGCGAUUCCACUUACUGUGGCCGUGCACCUGAGUCUGAAAAGGAGACCAAGGCUUUGGCUGAUUUCAUUCGUAACCACCUUUCUACCAUCAAGGCAUACAUCACUAUUCACUCCUAUUCCCAGAUGCUUCUGUUUCCUUAUUCGUAUACUUACAAACACCCAGUGAAUUAUGAGGAACUGGUGACUUCUGGAAAGCUGAAUUAGCUGGCUAGUUUGCAUAAUACCAAAUAUACAUAUGGCCCAGGUGCUGAAACAAUCUAUCUUGCUGCAGGGGGCUCUGACGACUGGGCUUACGAUCAAGGCAUCAAGUACUCUUUCACUUUUGAGCUCAGAGAUACUGGUGCAUAUGGUUUUCUUCUCCCUGAAUCUCAGAUAAAGCCAACCUGUGAAGAGACUUUACUUGCUAUUAAAUAUAUCGCCAAUUAUGUCCUUGGGCACUUGUAUUAG